AGGGAGUCUGGAGGCUCCGUAUGACAUCACCGCUGGACAAAGCAGCAAAGGAGGGGUUUCUGUACAGAGAAACGUCCCAAAUCAAUGGGAACAACAAAAACGUUCACAAACCAACAGCCUGUAGUUUUAUCUCCCGUCAAAACAAAGACUUCCAGCUCCGGUAGUGUUUUUGCUAACAGAGAAAUGAACUGCAGCGGACAGUAACAUCGCCAGGACUGGACACAGAAGAGACUCACCGCCGCUGGCCGGUGGGAGGUUUUUUAAGUUUCGCCCCCGUAACAUGUGCUGUUUCUGAAGAAGCUGACCUGAGGUUUGAAUCCACCCUUUGAAGACCAUGCUCUCCCUCCUGCUGCCCGCAAUGCUGGCUGUCCAAGCAAUGGCUGUGAUGGAAUUGCAAGUACCGGAGCAGCCAGUAGUGGCGCUUUAUGGCAAGGACGUCACACUCAACUGCUCCUUCAGCCACGCCAGCCCCUUCAACCUGUCUGAUCUGAGUGUCUUCUGGCAGCUGACAGACACCAAACGCAAUGUGCAUGGGUACUGGGAGGGACACGACCAGCUGGUGGACCAGGCAGAGAGCUUUGCCAACCGUACCAGCCUGUUCCCUGCCCAGCUGGGCAUGGGCAACGUUUCGCUCCUGCUAAGCAGGGUGGUGGUGGCUGAUGAAGGCAGCUAUACCUGCUUCGUCAAGGUGCAGGACUACGGCAGCGCUGCUCUGUUGCUGCAGGUAGCUGCCACCUACUCCAAGCCUGUGGUGACUUUAGAUCCUGAAUCCAACCUGCGGCCAGGCGACGAGGUGGCCUUGACUUGUGUGGCCUAUGGAGGUUAUCCUGAGGCCGACGUCAUAUGGCAGGAUGGAGCCGGGCGCAACCUGACCGACAAUAUCACCACAUCAGUGGUGGCCAAUGAGGAAGGGUUGUUUACUCUAAACAGCAUUCUGCGGGUCGUGCUGGAACCCAAUAGCACCUACAGCUGCCAACUGAUCAACCCACUGCUGGGCGAGGAGGGCAACGCCUUCGUCACAAUCACAGGUCAGAACAUUGCGUUCCCCCCGGUGGCUCUGUGGGUAACUGUUGGCCUGGCCGUGUGUCUGCUGGUGCUGCUCAUUGCCCUGGCUGCUGUCUGCCGCAGGAAGAUCAAGGAGAGCUGUGAGGAGGCCAGGAGAGAAGCUGAAGAGGCCAAGGAGCUGGAAGAAGAAGAGUCAAAGACAGCCAUGACACCACUGAAAAGUUAAAGCCAAGAGAAUAAAGGAGUCAGGGCCGGACGGAGGGGGAAGGAGAUGAGUCUGGCGGGUAAUCCCACUCCACCUAUCCAUCAACCUGGAGACUAUUUCCAGCGUCCCCUACAGAAUGUCAAAGCCUCGCUGAGCAGAAGAUGAGCCCAUCAUCUUCUUUCUAAGACUUUCCCUCGAGUUUCCAUCAAAACAAAUAAACACAUCAUGUGCCAUUAUAUUCUAUUGUCCACCCUCCCUUUCAGUCAGUGGAAGGGCCGAGGCAGCGAGUGAAUGCAGUUGGGUGUGUCGUGUUAUGUGCAGUAUGCAGACGAGACGCUCUGUUUGAAAACUACAGGAUGUGACAGAAUCCUUUCUCUGUCGCUGACAUCACUCUGCAUGGGUUGUGAUGGGGCAUGUGCCAGAGAUCUCCUGUCUAAUAGGAAGUGAGACACUUAAAGAGAUGACCCUGCCUCAGUUGCCAUCACUGUUUCUCUGCCAGCGAGAGAGCUUGGCUCUCCCAUUACUCCUGCACUUGCUAAUUAGCGUCUGUCGCUGGAGUAACUUGUACCUGUCAGUGUGUGCCGCUCUCCUAUAUUCAGUAAGUUGAGGGAAUUGAAAUUGAAUGCCAGCUAAGCUCCAACAAACUGCAAAUGGUGCAUGGGAUACACCCUGAUUUUCUCGCUGACCUGACAGCCUUAUAUGUAAGAAAUUGUUUUUAACGAACACAGACUAUCUCGGCUCGUUUCUGCGGCUGGUGUGAAAUGUUUUAUCUCUUCCAGGCUCGGGGUUGUACAGGUUGUUUUAUUGCAUUUUUUUUAAGUACUUAACCAAGUCCCAGUGCCAUAUGUCCUUGUAUGAAUGCCAAAGCCAUUUCUGUGUGAUAACUCAGUGCCUAUUUACAUUAAAGAGACAUGGUGAAACUGC